AUGCCAGAUCGUAUCAUAUUCCCUGAUAUCGAUGAUUUUGAAAUCGAGUGCACUUUGCCGGAUGGUGCUCAGGGUAUGUGCCGAAACCUUCGAUACUGUCCGAGUGCUUUCGAUUCAAGGGAGCGGGUAAAAACCUGUUAUUUCGAACGCUCCGAACAAUUUGUAUGCUGUCGUGAUGAACCAAAGGAAUAUGCUACAAAACGAGCCUGUCUCAGCUAUUAUCCGCCUAUACAUGAAAUGAUUAGCGGACUUAGUACCCAACCUAAUGAAUUUCCUUACAUGGUUGCCCUGGGUUUUGAAACUAUGCUGCCAGAUUUGUAUGAAUACAAAUGUGGAGGGGCGCUCAUAGCACCAAAUUUCGUAUUAACAGCUGCACAUUGUGCACGUGUUGGGGGUGCCACACCUUCUGUGGUUUUACCAGGAGGUGGCAGUUUAAAUGAUUAUUCGGCGAAGAAACAUCAAAUCGCCGACGUUACAAUACAUCCUGCCUAUAAUUCUAAGAAAUCUUACAAGGACAUCGCUUUGCUUAAAUUAAAGGAGCCAAUUACGAAUUUUACACCAGCAUGCAUCGGAGAAAAUGUAUUAUUGGACAAUGAGAAUAUUACCGCUAUUGGUUAUGGCCAUACUAUUUUCGGUGGUAGAUCAUCCGAAGACCUCUUGAAAGCUUAUCUAAUUAUUGUAAGUAACGAAGUAUGCCAAAGACACUACAGAGACAAUGAACAAUUGCCAAAAGGUCUAAUGGAUACACAGCUAUGCGCACAGGAUAAACAAUUUGGCCGUGACACUUGCCAGGGUGAUUCUGGUGGACCAUUGAUAUUAAAGAACGGGCAUGUGCCGUAUGUGGUUGGUAUAACAUCUUUUGGAUUGGGCUGUGCAACAGAAGCUCCGGGCGUUUAUACGCGAGUAUCAAAAUAUCUCGACUGGAUAGAGACGAUUGUAUGGCCAAAGUAA